UAACUUUGUACCGCAAGAUAUAUGGUAGCUGAAGUAAUUUAGUGGAUGUUUUACAAUUCUGUUAAUUUUCUGCUCCAUGACAGGGUUAGAAGGGACAGACAGCAUCAACAUCCAUCAAAUUCCAUCCGUAGACAAAGUCACAAUAUCCCACAUACCCGCGAUGCUCACUAAAGACGCACAGAAAGCUCCCAAACCGACGGUGAAAAGCAAGCCUACGUGCGCGAGAUGUAAAAACCACGGAAAGAUUGUGUAUAGGAAAGGUCACUCUCAAAACUGUGAGUACCUCAGCUGCAAAUGCCCCCAAUGUCACGCCAUCAAAAUGCGCAACGAUAGCAUGGCUAAGUGUAUGUCAAAUGAACGGAAGUCUACCAUCCCGAAACACAUGCCAGGAUUUGCUGAAGCGGACAGCAGCUGUUCAAGCACUACUCCAGUCAUGUGCUCCAGCGCUAUUAAACCAGAAUACCACGAUACAUUUGACGAGCCUCAGACCCCCGAUACCACCAGUUAUGAGCGACCAGUUAAGAGACUGAGAACGUCGCCGCCCACGACAGAUGCCCUGUCGGCGGUACACGCUGGAUACGGUUACCUGCAACAAGAUGCCCGUGCCACGUGGGGAUACGAUUGCUUGAGGCAAACAGUGGAUCCCAGAUACAAUAUCUACCCUGGUAUGCAUUUUUCCGGUGCGCAUUCCAAAGGCAUGACGCCGUUUCCGCAACCAGCAGCCCAUACCCAUGCUUCUCUGGAGGAAAGAAAACGGCUUUUCGAUCCAGCCUACAAGGUAGCCACCAGCACGGGUCGUGCAGCUCACCCCUCAGCCUCCUACCAAGUGAACGCACUCCUUCGCUCAGACUCCAACCCCGAACUAAUGAUGCACAGCUCUUUCAGACAGCUGCUGCAGCAGAUUAGUCAGCCUGAAGAUUCUGGCCUCAACAACACCCACAAGAACAUUUAGCUGCCCUAGUGAGAAACAAGGCAGGGUAUCUAUUCGAUAGUAUUAACAGAAGAAGCUCAGAAAAGAAAGAUGAAAGAAUGUCCUGUCAGGUCUUGAGGUCUUAACUCUGUGAACAAUCAAUAUUUGAGUAAUUCAAAUUUUUGCUAGGGAAAAUUGAUAGCUAUAGCUUGAAUGAUAUUGAUAUUUGAUAGGCAUUUGAAUGAAUGCUUCUAUUUUUAGAUGAUCAUAGUACAAAGAUAUGAUAUGCUGUUUUACUUUUUUAGAUAAUGUGAUGAGUCACAUAGGACAAAAUAGGACUGGUAAAAUCGCAGUGGUUCAACUAGACUUUUGGAAUUUAGUUAAACAAAUAGAACUAUAAAGGGAGAAUUUUAAUUUAAAUAACGUGAAGGCAACUGAGUCAUCCUUUUAGUUGUUUAUCAAUCCCUGACCCUUGUUACGGAUAUCAUUGCCACUAUUUGCCACUAUUUGCCACUAUUUGCCACUAUUUGCCACUAUUUAAAAGUUAAAACCCUUUUUACCAGUCCUGUUCUGACCUGGUUCAUGAAAAUGAAGUGCAUUUCAUCUUUGUUAUAAUUUCGAGUGUUUUAUAAGUUUAGGGGUCAAUAUGCAUUAUGCAAUCUAUAAUAGAGAAAUUUACUGUAAUGGUAACGCUUCAAAUAGCAUCUUUUAAAGUUCUUAAUUUCUCAAAUUUUUAGUAAUAUCGUUAAGAAUAUAUGAUUACAAAAUGGUGAAAAUUCUUCAAAUAAUUAUUAUGAUUGUAUUGUAAUUUUUGUUUGUUCGUCUAUUGGA